UCGAUUUUCUCCUUUUCUAUAAAUAACAAUUUUCAUGGUACCAAUACUAAAUAUAAUUUUCUAGGAACCUUUUGUUAAAACCCCACCAGAUACAGAUAACCAGUUUCCGAGGACUUUACAUUUUCAACGAGGAGGCUGAAGAGCCCUCUAAACUAAAAAGUAAACCCAGUAAUCAAACAAACUUGCUUGCCUUCUUUUUUUGGUUGGAUUUUAAUUAUUUGUUGGGAAAGUGAAAAAUGUCAGAGUCUUGCAAGGGUUUGGCCAUGGAACUACUGGUAAAGUGUCUGAGUGAAUCAGAUUGUGUCAAGGUUGAGAAGCCUUCCUUCAGGGAAUGUGCUGGAGAAAAAUGCCCUUCUAUAUCAAGCGAGUGUGUAGGACUCAGGGAAACUUAUUUCAAUUGCAAAAGAGGACAGAUUCCAUCCAAAUUAUGGACAGAAAAAUGACAUGGUUGACAUGUCAUCCACCAUAUCACCAGCCACGUCAGGUCGACAUGAGAGCUAGGAUUCGUGGAAACAAGGGCCACUGAGUAAUGGAGGAUGACAUCAAAUUCUGGAUAGCAUCCGUCGUCUACUCGUACAUGUAUUGCUGCAUCACACUUUCGAAAUUUCCAAUUUUUCUUCCUCCACAAAUCCUCUGGAAAGCAACAUUCUUUUAGUUAUGCUUCAAUCUUCAACCAAAGUAUGCAAGAUGUUGAGAAAUUAGUAUAUUAUUCUGUAUGAUUCUGGGUGUGGGAGUCAUUGUCAGAUAUUGUAUUAGUAAUUUAUUUAUAAUAUUAUAUUAAA